AUGGCUGCAGGACGUGUGCUUGUUGCUGCGGGCGUGGUGCUGCUGGCCCUUGCAGUGGCUGCAGACGCCUCCACCACGUUUCCCCUCUUCAAGCAGUGUGACAAACGAUGGGGCAACGAUACCAUGGGCGUGCCAGGCCCCGGUGAGCAGGCCACCGUGUGUAGGGAAGGAUGCGCCAUGUCGUGUUUGGCCAUGGCCCUGAACGGCCUGGACAUCACGCUGCCAAACGGCAAUGGGACUGGGAAAGGCACGCCAGCCAACCCGGGCACGCUCAACAAGUGGCUCAAGGACCACCAGCUGUACACGUGCGCUGCCGGCGACUGCAACAACCUCGUGCUCAACGCCGUGGAGGCCUUCACCAACCACCUCGAGCUCAUUUCGGAGGGCUUCCCGCAGACGCGCAAGGAAGUGGAGGCCGGCAUCGCCAGCACAUCCUACAUCUACCUGGCGCACGUGCGCGACGGCACGCACUUUGUGCUCCUCACGGGCGUGGCAAAGGACGGGCGCUUCAAGGUCAACGACCCCGGCUUCAACCAGGACACGUACGCGUGGACAGACAUUGUGGACAUGAUCGUGUACCGCGUGGUGCCGCCUGCCCAGCGCGCUCAGCAGCGCACCCCGCUGGCGUAUCCGCUGUUCAAGCAGUGCAACGCGUCGUGGGGCAGCGACGUCAUGGUGCACGAGACCAUCUGCCAGGUGGGCUGCCUCAUGAGCUCCGUCUCCAUGGGUCUGCGCGGGCACAGCGUGCUGGUCGCCGGCACGCCGAGCAACCCGGGCGUGCUCAACGCGUGGUUGCGCAAGCACGGCGGCUACAACGACCAGGAUGACCUGAACGAGGCUGCCCUUGACGCCAUCAACACCACCUCCAAGAUCUGGCCUGCGGACGGCAUGCACACGUCCAACGACCUGGACCCGUACACCAUCCGCGCCUUUAUGCUGCAAGGGCGCUCCGUUGUUGUGAAUGUCAUGCACGGAAGGCACUUUGUGCUGGCCACGGGCUGGCUGUACAACAGCAGUGACCCGAUCCUGGUCAACGACCCCGGCUUCAACACCACCGCCUACUCGCACGCCAACGACGCCGUCGGCUACCGCAUCUUUGACUUUGCCGACCACUGGCCCCGCAACUGA